CCCGGCCGGGAGUGGCGCAGCUGCGGCCGCGGCGAUUCCCGCUCGCCACGCGCCGGGCGCGGCUCCCCCGAGACGGGAAGCGUUCGCGCUGCCCCACGCACGCUGCCCGAGUCUCGGGGAAGCUCAGGUUACAUAAUGGAAUAUGAAAAUUACCUCAAGGAAUUUUAUAUUUUGGGAUAACUAUUUGUCUUCUGACUCCUCCUUUGAACUCAUCUUUUUGGUGUCCUCUGAGGCAAAAAAACCCAAAGAGAUUAUACCAUGGAUUACAAGGAAAGCUGCCCAAGUGUAAGCAUUCCCAGCUCUGAUGAACACAGAGAGAAAAAGAAGAGAUUUACGGUUUAUAAGGUCUUGGUCUCUGUGGGCAGGAGUGAGUGGUUUGUCUUCAGGAGAUAUGCAGAGUUUGACAAGCUUUACAAUACUUUGAAGAAACAGUUUCCUGCUAUGGCCCUUAAGAUUCCAGCCAAGAGGAUAUUUGGUGAUAAUUUUGAUCCAGAUUUUAUUAAACAAAGAAGAGCAGGACUGAAUGAAUUCAUUCAGAACUUAGUUAGGCAUCCAGAGCUUUACAACCAUCCAGAUGUCAGAGCAUUCCUUCAAAUGGAUAGUCCAAAACAUCAGUCAGAUCCAUCUGAAGAUGAGGAUGAAAGAAGCACUCAGAAGGUAUUACACUCUACCUCACAGAACAUCAACUUGGGACCAUCUGGAAAUCCUCACUUUCCUUGUUGGCCGGCCUGUUCAGAGGCGUCAUGUGCUAAACCAACAGACUUUGAUUUCUUAAAAGUUAUUGGAAAAGGCAGCUUUGGCAAGGUUCUUCUUGCAAAACGGAAACUGGAUGGAAAAUUUUAUGCAGUCAAAGUGUUACAGAAAAAAAUUGUUCUCAACAGAAAAGAGCAAAAACAUAUUAUGGCAGAACGUAAUGUGCUCUUGAAAAAUGUGAAACAUCCAUUUUUGGUUGGAUUGCAUUAUUCUUUCCAAACAACUGAAAAGCUUUAUUUUGUUCUGGAUUUUAUUAAUGGAGGGGAGCUUUUUUUUCACUUACAAAGAGAACGGUCCUUUCCUGAACACAGAGCUAGAUUUUAUGCUGCUGAAAUUGCCAGUGCUCUGGGUUACUUGCACUCCAUCAAGAUAGUGUACAGAGACUUGAAACCAGAAAAUAUUCUUUUGGAUUCCGUAGGACAUGUUGUCUUAACAGAUUUUGGACUUUGUAAAGAAGGAAUUGCUAUAUCUGACACCACAACAACAUUUUGUGGGACACCAGAGUACCUUGCACCUGAAGUCAUCAAAAAACAGCCUUAUGACAAUACUGUUGAUUGGUGGUGCCUUGGUGCUGUUCUGUAUGAAAUGCUGUAUGGAUUGCCUCCUUUUUAUUGCCGAGAUGUUGCUGAAAUGUAUGACAAUAUUCUUCACAAGCCCCUGAGUCUGAGGCCCGGAGUGAGCCUCACAGCCUGGUCCAUUCUGGAGGAACUCCUGGAAAAAAACAGGCAGAAUCGACUUGGUGCCAAAGAAGACUUUCUGGAAAUUCAGAAUCAUCCUUUUUUUGAAUCGCUCAGCUGGACUGACCUUGUACAAAAGAAGAUUCCACCACCAUUUAAUCCUAAUGUGGCAGGACCAGAUGAUAUCAGGAACUUCGAUACAGCGUUUACGGAAGAAACAGUUCCUUACUCUGUGUGUGUGUCUUCUGAUUAUUCUAUAGUGAACGCCAGUGUGCUGGAGGCAGAUGAUGCUUUUCUUGGUUUCUCUUAUGCUCCUCCUUCAGAAGACUUAUUUCUGUAACAUUUUGCCAUCCAGGAAGCAUUGAGUACAUAUAAGCCUAUGAGUAGGACUGAAGCUCCUGUUUGUGUGAAUAUUCAAAUAUGUUUAACUAGUGCCUCAUUUCUAAUGUAAUGUUGAAAACUAUGAAAAAUGUAUUUUCUGCUGUAUGCAAGAAAAUAGGGCAUUUCAAAGAGCUGUUUUGAAUUAAAUUUGUAUUCUUGUUUAUUAUGCUUAUUUUUAAACAAGUUUAAAGAGCUAUUGUUCUUAGCAUUAACCUAUUUUUAAGAAAACUUUUGCUAUUGACUGUUUAUUUUCCUCUGAGUUUACACUAACCUCUACCUGAGAUAGACUGUUUUUCAAUAGUCUUCUUUCAAUUCAGUUAAUAUAUAUGAAUGCCUUUGUAACUCAAUACCUUUACCUUUAUUCUCAGAUCAGAACUAUGCAAGUGGUACAUGAUUGUUUCA